CACUGGACGAUAUUCUUGUACACCGUAAAUCAAGCGCACAGUGACUUGUUUGGCUGGAGCAGUUUCGCGCUUAAUCAAACUCCCGAACUCCGCAAGAAUCUUCAGCAAGGACCUUCGGAUGCUGCAACGGCAAGAGUAUCCCCAUGCCAAGCUGUUGCGUGCCUGGUUGCAAGUCGCGAGGUGGAAGGGAAGGAUCCGGCCUGAGUUUUCACUUAUUUCCUUCAUCGUCUAGCCGCCGGAGACAGUGGGCAGAGAUCAUCCGGGGCCCUGAUGUUCGGUGGGAGCCCAGGAGAUACAAUGCUGUGUGCUCAAAGCAUUUCCAGCGCAAGGACUUCGACCUGACAUCACCGCUUCGGGUUCGCCUGUGGCAGCACGCAGUCCCUACCAUUGCUGUGCUGAAUCCUCCACCAUCCGACGAGGUUGUGGGACAGGUGACGGCACCUGUAUCGCACACAGCCAUUGAACACUCUUACUGUAAUCCUGAUGACUCACUGCUCUCAUUGGGGGAGAGCACAGACUCAGCUGAUGAGAGCAUACCCGAGGAAGUUGGGCUGCACAGCCCCUCACCUAUUGCGGACUGUACUGCAGUCUCACCAUUCCCAGAGAUUGUGGAAUGCGACAGUUCGCAACAAAGCCCUGAGCAAGCUCGGCCUCUGUGCAAGCUUGUCAACAUUUCAGGCAACGGAAUUGGAGAAUAUUCCAUUGAGACAAAUUCUUCAUGGGACGAGUACGUCGAACGACUCGAAACGUUUUGUGCGUCCAUCAGUGUCUCGGAAGAUGACGAGAAGCGCGCAGUGUUGCUUAGCUUUUGUGGAGAGGCAACUUAUCGGCUCAUCACAAGGUUAGUCGAGCCGAACAAGCCAACGACGGUGUCCUACGAAACCAUCAAACAAGCCGUUCGUGACCACAUGCAUAACAAGCCGUCAUUGCUGCGAGCAAGGCUACUCUUCUACAGGCGAAACCAAGAACCAUGUGAAUCUCUGGCAGACUACGUAAUAGCACUUCAAAAGCUCGCAGAAGACUGUGGUUUCGGGGGAAAGGAACUUCCCUUGGACGUGAUGAUGAGAGAUCGUUUUGUGUGCGGGAUUCGAGACGAAGCUCUGCAGGAACGUCUACUUGGGGAACGUGAUCUGACUUUUCAAACUGCUUACAACAUAGCCUUCAAAGCAGAGGCAUCUCGUGAACAGCAGAUGGAAACUGUGUGGUUGUCAUGGAACGAUAAUAGCAACAGAGACAACUCAUCACUUGUGUACACAUCAAAGAACAAGCAACAAAUCAUAUUACCUCCGGUUGUAAUGGCAACUACGCAUGAUAAGCAGACAAAAUUAACAUGGCGUGCAGUUACUUCGAAUGAAAAAGGCGUAUUGCUAGUGAAGCCUGUUUGAACAAGGCACUAAAUCUAGAACAAAUGAACGCAGCUCAUGACUCACGAACGACAUCAUCAAAUCAAGCACAUAGCGUGGAGCAGGAAAGCUUUGUAGCGUUCACAGAUAUGAACCUUUGUGACCAUUAUAUGAAUGCAUGGAAAAGAACUUGCAUGCUACUGUAUGGCAAACUGCAAUGCUACAGUUCCACUGAAAUGGCAUUCUAAAACGAAAUUGAAAGCACCUACUGUACUGGUUUGGUGUCAUGGGUGCAUUUCUGACAAGAGUGUGGUCAUGGUGCUAACAUCUGACAAGGUCGAGGGACUGCAUUUUGCUCACAUGCUUAGAUUCAGGUGCAUGCUAAAGUACCCCAGUUUGUUUAGAGUCGGGCUGGAGUUUUCCAGCAUGUUAUCCCUUGAAAUCUGCUGUGUAGUUUUGGGACUUGAAACCCCGUAAGCUAAAAAUUAGAUGACGAGAAUAAGUUUAAAGCCACAUUUGUAACGCACACGUAUUCUUGAGACUACUUUCGAGGUUUUGUGCAACUUGAUCGGUGGCCAUAGCACAUAGACUUAGUCUACUGACUAAGUAUCAAGACUUGUAUUGCUUUUUUACAAGGUGUGAAUAUAUUGGCCAGUUGUAUGCCCAUUCAGACGCAUAUCUGCAGGAAGAUACUGUGCCUUUAAUGAAAGUGCCAGAAAUUAUUAAAGUUUCACUUGUGCUUCUGGCUAUGGUGCGUUUAUGAAUAUAUGUAAUAAUAACAAGGAAUUCUCAUAGAGUCGAUGGUGAGAUGUGGUUUAGUCUAAUGUCAUAAGACUAUUAUGCACUGUGCCUUAUCAUACAGCCAGUACAUGCAGAAUAGAGCAGAUAACAAGCCUCUGAAAAAGAACACCAGGGAAGCAGCUGGUCUUGAUACACAGCAUAAGAGUUGUUCUGUGUGCCAAUUGAAUUUUAUGGUGUUACAGCAGUCCCAACAAAAGUCUUUUUCUUGCCAGCAGAAAGUUGCAUUCUGCUAUUGCAAGGUUGCCCCCCCGACUUCAAAGUGAUCUUGCUUUUCUUUUGGCGAAAGUGGAUGCAAGCAUCAACUCUUCACUAUGUAAAAACUUUAUUCCAAAGAUCUUGGUUGGCAGUUAUGUUCAAUUUAGACCCUCAUCUGUUCUGCAUCAUGGUGCAAGUGGUUGUUAGUCCUAAUUAUUGGUGCUUGCAUCAUUGAUGUGUGCCUGUUCAACCAAGGAGCCAUCUUCGGUGCUGUCCAACACAUUACCAAGUUGUGACAGCCAUGCGAGUUUUCAUGAAAAUGCUGUAAAGAAGAGCUCAUGCAAGAGAAAAGUUAGCAUAAGUAUGUACUUGUGUUUGUAUUUAAGCUUUCAUACAGGCAUCUGUAUUUAUGGACAUUGACAUAAAGUAAUUGACUACAGUA